AUGCACAAGCGUCAGAAAACUGAAAAGUUUCGACCGGGCUUCAUUGUUUCUGUGAGAGUUACCAACUUUACAACCUACUCAAAUGCAGAAUUUCAGCUUUCUCCCACAUUAAACAUGAUCAUUGGGCCCAAUGGUACGGGAAAAUCAACCCUAGUGGCCGCAAUCUGCCUUGGACUAGGCGGAAAAAUCGAAUUAAUCCGCAGAAAGACAUUGAAGUCGAUGAUAAAAACAGGAUGCUCAGAAAGUACCAUUGAAAUUACCCUUAAGAAUGCAGAAGAUGCAAAUCCCGAAUAUUUGGUUAUAGAGAGAACAUUUACUGCGACUGAGCUGAAUUGGCUUGUAAAUAAUCGUGUCUCGGACGAACGUACGGUUCGUAAUGUGUGUCGAAAACUCAAUAUUCAACUCGAUAAUUUGUGUCACUUUCUUCCUCAGGAACGGGUGGCGGAAUUUGCUACUCUUACUCCUGAAAAACUACUUUUACAAACCGAGCGUACAUUGGGAACGGGCCACCUUAUCAGCCUUCACGAAGACCUCAUACGUCUAGACUCCGAGCGAGAAACUGUGAAAUCCGAACUUGAAAAUAACAGUUCAAAGCUCGAACGGUUGAAUGUAGAACGACAAGAUCUAGAGGCAGAGGCGCAAAAAUUCGAGGAUUAUCAAAAGAAAUCCAGAGAGAUAGAACUCCACAAGAUGCUACUUCCGUACGCCCAAUUACAGGACCUAAAAGAGAGACAAAAAGAACUUAAAAGGCAGCGAGAUGAAGCAAAGAAAAAGUUACAAAACUUCAACCUUACGACCCAACCUUUAGAAAAGCAAAUACGACAAACUGAUGAACAAAGAAGAGAUAUACACGAACAACUCGACAAGCUCAAGCACCGCCAUUCACUGUUAACCACCCAAUACAAGCAACAAACUGCACAGGUUCGAGAAGCAACAGACAAGAUCACUGAACUAAAAGCGUCUGUGGAAUCUCUAGCGAACAAGUCUGAACGUCGAAAACAAGAGGCCGAGAAACUAAAACAAGAACGACAAGAAUUGGAAGUCAAGCUUCGAUCUGUACCUGAAGUAGACGAGGAGGCUUUAAAGGACGCAAAGAAGAACCGCGAUGACGCUUUCAGAGAAUUAAACGAACAAAAGAGCAAAACCCAGCAGCUUGAAGAUACAAUGGAGCCCAAAGUAUCUCGAAUUCGUAAUCUUCAGGCUGACUUGAAACGUUACGAGGCCAAACUCACUUCCACUGACAAGUUGCUGGUGCUUGAAGCCAGAGGAAGACCGUAUAAUGAGUUGAGAGAGAAUGCCCUUAAGGGUCAUCUCUUACUUCGAGAAAAUCCUCAGUUUCAGCUGCGAUACUUUGAAGCUCCCAUAGUAUCUUGUGAGGUUACAGAAAAAGCUUAUGCUCCUUUUAUUGAAAAGGUGAUUGACAAUAAUACUCUUCUCGCCAUUACUGUUCCUGAUCAAGAGAGUUACGAUGAGGUUUCGAGACUUGUUUUCUCCAAAUACAACGUCCCCAUGAGACUCGCAUUAGAUGAGCCUGGUCGUUUACCAGUGCCACGUGAAAGGCUACACGAAUACGGCUUCGAUGGGUACCUUUCUGAUUACAUUAAUGGACCACCAGUAGUGUUGAAUAUGCUCAAAGUUAUCUCCAAGCUACACAUGAUUCCAGUAAGAAAGAAUCCCAUGUCUGACGAACAGUUUCAAAAACUUAUUACUCCAAAUGCUACUGGUCAGAUUCCUUUCAUGAAGUUUGUGGUUGCAGACGAUUUUGUGAGUGUCUCACGAUCAAGAUACGGGUCCCGACAAUUUUUCUACUCUACUGAAAAGGUGAGAAAUGCCUCAUUUUUCGUUACUGGCGGAUUGUCUAGAGAGGCUCGCCUAGAUAUCAAAGAGAAAAUUGCGUCAGUUUCUCAGGAGUAUCAACAGUGUCGAGACGAAGUCAAGCAACUCCGUCAAACAGCAGACAAGAAUAGACUAAUUUACGAAUCAGUGAGCAAAAAAUUGAGCGCUGCCCGUGUUAAGGUGGAAGAGCUCCAGUCAGUCAGAUCCAACAGGGCCAAAUUGGUAGCCUAUAUAUCUGCGAAAGCUGAUAGAAUCAAGAAGAUGGAACAUGAUGCACAAAAGGAUUAUACCGAAAAAGUUCGACAAACCGAACAAAGGAUCAACGAUAUGUUUCACACAAGAGCCACAAAACUGGCAGAAGCUGCUCAGACGCUAUCUCAGUUAACCAUGCUUUCUAUCGACAUGGACUGCAAGAACUUUAAAAUUCUUCAGGAAAAGAACCGUAUAACAACUCUUAAAAAGUUGAUUCACAGUCUUGACGAUUACAAAAAGACUCUUGUUGAAGAAUACGAAGAAUUGAAGCGUAAGUAUGACGAAAUCAAGAAGAGUGAUGCUGCACGGAAAGUUCGACAGCAAAGUGAAAACUACACGGAAAACGACAGAACAGUACUUUCAUCGCUCGCUGAAUCUUAUCUUCUGGAAAACAAUUUGAGUGAGGCCUUUAUUCAAGACAGGAUUCAUUUCUUAGAAGACGAGCGGUCGGUGAUGGCUACAGCCGACCAGAGUGCCAUAGCUACUUUGGGACAAAGAUUGCAGGAGAUCAAGCAACUCGAACAAAGAAUACCUCACCUUGAAGAAGAAAAGCACAAAUUGGACAAGCAAAUUGACGACAAGCGAGCCAAAUGGGAACCUGAGCUAUCAAGCAUUGUUCUAAAGAUUUCUUCAGCAUUUCAAAGCAAAUUCACAGCAGUAGCUAGUGAUGGGCAGGUGGAAUUGGUGAAAGCUGAGAGGUUUAAAGAUUACAAGUUGCAAAUAUUGGUCAAGUUUCGAGAAAAUACCGACCUAAAAGUGUUGGACAAUCAUUCUCAAUCUGGUGGGGAGAGGGUGGUGUCCACGAUUUUUUUCAUAAUGUCACUCCAGGGAUUGACGGAAGCACCCUUUCGAGUUGUUGAUGAGAUAAACCAGGGAAUGGAUCCUAAAAAUGAAAAGAUGGCACACAAGUAUUUGGUUCAAACUGCCUGCGAAAAUGAUGCUUCUCAAUACUUUUUGGUUACACCAAAGCUACUCACAGGUUUAUAUUACCACCCUGAAAUGGCAGUUCAUUGCAUUUACACUGGGCCCUUUAUAGAGAGCUCUGAUAAAUCUUUUCUUGACUUUAGGCAGCACACUGAAGUCAAAUAA